AUGGACCAUCUUCAGACACGAGAUCCCGUCGAAUAUCAGCGAGAGGACACAGGCGCGAGGUUGGUGGCGUGCGAGCACAAGUCCAUACCCACUGGUGAGGACGGAUCGAAAAAGUACAGCGCCGAGAUGCCAGGCACGUCUCCGAAGUGGCCGUUCAUAAAGGAGCUGAAGUUCCCAACGCCCAUGCAGCCACCCAACGUCCACUCGUUCAAAGCGGCUUCGUAUACCUCCUCGAAGACGCUCUGCAAGCCCAUUGAGCAGAUGACGAAGCUCUACACCAUUACAAAUCCGAUCGAGACCGAUGUGUCCAUCUCGAGCGACGCAGCCGCUGAGACCAACGACAGGUGCAAAAUGGAGCAGUGGAUGCCCUUUCCUACGCACAACAGGUUCCUCGACCACUAA